CUCUCUCUCCUCACACCAAAACCAAAACCUAUCGUUUCAGCAUAUGUCUCAAAGGCCCACGGUUCCACACUCUUCUUCCAUAGCCUGCGGCCUCCACUCCCAUCUCCUGGUCUCCAGUGAGAUGAACCCUAAUUCCAAUUGGUCUCAUUAGUUCAACCUUUUCUCAUUCUUUCAAACCAACACAACUAACCCUAGUUAACUCCUCACUCCUCACUCCUCACUCCAUUCCAAACAAAAACAUCAUGGGCGUCAAAGGUUUCGCUGAGGGAGGGAUCGCUUCCAUCAUCGCAGGAUGUUCCACACACCCACUCGACCUCAUCAAGGUCCGCAUGCAGCUCCAGGGCGAAACUAAUGUCCCUAAACCGCUUCACAACCUCCGGCCCGCACUCGCGUUCCAAACCGGUUCGACUGUCCACGUGGCGGCCUUACCCCAGCCCCGCGUCGGCCCCAUCGCGGUCGGCGUCCGCCUCGUCCAGCAGGAGGGCGUCGCCGCACUCUUCUCCGGCGUCUCCGCCACCGUCCUCCGCCAGAUGCUCUACUCCACCACCCGCAUGGGCCUCUACGACGUCCUCAAGACCAAGUGGACCGACCCCGCCGCCGGCACCAUGCCGCUCACCCGCAAGAUCGAGGCCGGUCUCAUCGCCGGCGGCGUAGGCGCCGCCGUCGGGAACCCCGCCGACGUGGCCAUGGUCCGAAUGCAGGCCGACGGGAGGCUCCCGGCGGCGGAGCGGCGCAACUACAAGUCCGUGGUGGACGCCAUCACGCGGAUGGCGCGGAGCGAGGGCGUGGCUAGCCUGUGGCGAGGCUCAUCGCUUACGGUGAACCGCGCGAUGCUCGUGACCGCAUCGCAGCUCGCGUCGUACGAUCAGUUCAAGGAGAUGAUUCUGGAGAAGGGUCUGAUGCGCGACGGGCUCGGGACUCACGUCACGGCGAGCUUCGCGGCGGGGUUCGUGGCCGCGGUGGCGUCCAACCCCGUGGACGUUAUUAAAACGAGGGUGAUGAACAUGAAGGUGGAGCCCGGGGCGGCGCCGCCGUACGCCGGCGCGUUGGACUGUGCUCUGAAGACGGUGCGCGCGGAGGGGCCCAUGGCCCUUUACAAGGGGUUUGUGCCUACGAUCUCGAGGCAGGGACCGUUCACCGUCGUGCUGUUCGUGACGCUGGAACAGGUUCGCAAGCUGCUUAAGGAUUUCUGAUUAUGAUAAUGAUGAUGACGAAGAUUACGCUUUCCUUUUCAAUAAUAUGCGGUUUGAUUUUGUGUUAUGAAUUAUGAUGUAGUUCUGGAAUGGUAAUUUUGUUACUUUAUUCAUCAAUGAGAGCAAGUUGUUCACGUUUAAGAGAA